GUAUAGUAUCGUGCAAGAAGGACUCUCGUUCGCGUUGCUGUAGUCCUUAAUUCUCUCGGGCACGGGCGCCGGACUGUUAGGCAUACAGUGUUUCCGUCUGCGCGCGCUUGAAAUUGCCUUCUGUCACUGCCGGGCGUCUCGUGCAGCUGUUUUGGAUUUGUGUCACCCGUUGUGAGAGAGCGACAUUGGAAAUAAGCGCGAUUUGGAUCACCUUAAAAGAAACUGCCACUAUUUAUUUAUGAAGCGCAAAGGGCGAAGUGCACCGUGUACUUCCUCGGCGAGGGUUUACGCAAGGUGAAAUGAGCUGUUAUUGAACUUGCGAUCCUUCUGCCUUCUUAGAAGGGAAGCAGUGAAGACUAUUUAGUAGAUGGUUUUUUGUCCCCAUGCUACCUUUCCUAUGUGGAAAAGGACAAUUUCUAUUUUCAAUUCGGAUACACCAUAAAACGAAAAGGAUUUUGGUUUUGCGCGUUCCGCAAUACGUCGCUCAUUCAACUCUUUUAAACUUUUGUCUUUGAACAUUCCUUUUAAGAAGACAAUGGCGCUGGAUUGCACGACAGUGACGUCCAGACAUGUGCUUUUUUGGUUUGUCAUAGUAUAUUACAUUGUCUCAGCCAUGGCCUGCGAUGGUGUCUACUAUGAGAAGGCCAUCAAGGAAUUCUGCCUGACCAAAUUUAAGUUUGACAUGGAGGAGCUGGACCAGGGCCUGUGGUGUAGCUGGGAGGACACAAUAGAGACGUACGGGGAACUGUCCAACUGCACCUACCUGAUUGCGCUGAAGAUGGGCUGCUUCUGGCCGAACCGGCUGGUGGACGAGUUCUUCAUCCGGGUCCACCGCUUCUACUUCCCCGACUGUUCCCCGUCGGGACGGCUGCUGCGGGACCCCCCGAACCGGAUCCUGGGGCCCUUCAUCGUGGUCCCCAUCCUGGUCACCCUGCUCAUGACUGCCCUGGUGGUGUGGAGGAGCAAGCGCAGCGAGGGGAUUGUGUAAUGACACUAUGGAAGGGGGGG